AUGGACCAUGACCACUCUGAUGCCUCUGACUCAAGCUCGAAAAGAAUACAAUCUGAUCAAGAAACAGCAGUCUUGCACAACACUGAAAAUGUGUCUCAGCCAAUCCUCAGAUUGGGACCUGGACUGAUUGGAAGUGUGGAAGGAGAAGGCCACAGCAGCACUGCGCACCAUGACACGGCCGCCGGAAGUCAACCGCAGCACUAUCACGCUGGGGUUCGAGGAUUAACAGGUUUUGGUAAUACAGAAACUGGUGUGGCUCCACAAAGUGAUGUCGUUGAACAAGUGAAUAACAAUGAUGUGUCUAUUUCCUCCAGUACCAACCAAGACACAAGUUCAAGCUAUAGCCUUAUCGACAACCCUCCCAAUCUUGCAAGGAUACGACAAGUCAUGUUUGAGUGCAAAGAACCUAUUGAAAUCAGCCUUGAGGAGUUCGAGACAUAUUGGCCUUUCAUUGAUAAUGUCUGGGUGAAGCAACGGUCGAACUCCAGUAAAGAGGGACAUUGCACCACAGACUAUUACAUGUGCCGUCUACGACGUCCAACCCAUCGCACAUCAGAGACACGUCCAUUGCCAGAGGGCAAACGUCCCCGCAAGAAACGUGUUCGAGAAGGUGGCAUGUGCAAUUUUCAAAUCAAGGUGGUUCGGUUUGAAGGCGCCUAUUCCACUGUCACUAUUGCGCGGACACCCGGUAGCAGUCACGUACACUCCCAUGAUCUCGACUAUAUAGACAAAGUAAAGCGGAACUCGGGGCUCAUGGAGUUUGCGCGAAAGGAAGCGGUCAAGGGCUACCUGCCUUCUUCUAUUUACACGAAAUUUCAAGAGGAACCUGAAAAAUUGAUUGAAGCUGGAGGUAAAUUUUGUACAGUUACGGAUGUCCGCAAUGUCUCAGCAAAAUGGCGCAUCCAAAAUCCAGAGGUCAAACUUGUGCCGCACGAAGGUUACACCUAUCAAAAAGGGCACGGGAUCGUGAGAGCUCGGAGUACUAGCGACACAAGCCAGCCAAAAACCGCUAGAAAGCCACCGAGCCUAACAGGGCCGCCCCCUCUACCGCCGGAUACAUUGUCGUUUCCUCAAUUUCCGUUGGAAUUUCUUGACUCUUACCUUCCGAGACCUGGCGAGAAGCGCGAAUUGCCUCAUGUCACUUUGUCAUAUGCAUCAUCAAUGGAUUCCAAGAUAUCACUUCUCCCAGGGAUGCAGACAGUGCUCUCGGGACCAGAAGCCAAGCUGAUGACGCAUUAUCUAAGGUCACGCCACGACGCGAUACUCAUCGGAGUGGGCACUGUUUUAGCUGACAACCCCGGACUAAACUGCAGAUUAGAAGGUGCAGGCGGUUUUGGGGGCCUUGGGAGAAUGUGGCAACCGCGGCCUGUGGUAAUCGACCCGACAGGACGAUGGCCAGUCCAUCCUGAGUGCAGGAUGCUUCGCACUGCAGUCGAGGGCAAAGGGAAAGCUCCGUGGGUCAUCGUGUCCCCUGGAGCCCAGAUCCAUCCGCAGAAGUUGAUGAUGCUGAAAGGCUACGGAGGGGACUUUCUGCGUAUAGUCGAAUAUAACCAGAACUGGCGGUUGCGCUGGGAAGCUAUUCUACGCGCAUUGGCAUCCGAGGGCAUCAAGAGUGUUAUGAUCGAAGGCGGUGGGACAGUUCUGAGCGAACUCUUGAAUCCCGAGUACACCGAGUUCAUUGACUCUAUUAUUGUCACCGUUGCUCCAACAUACCUGGGUCGUGGCGGGGUGGGAGUGAGCCCUGAGUCAAAGCGAGAUGAACAAGGUAAACCGAAUGCCGCUCUCAAUCCAAGGGAGAUAAAAUGGGUACCGCUCGGCCAGAACGUCAUAAUGUGUGGGAAACUUCGCGCUGCUCCAUCUGAUAGUUAA